AAGUCACAUUAUUCUGUAGAUACGUGAGAUUUUAGUGACCAGACUACAAACAGUCAGCGGAGACUUUGUUAGGAACACCUGUACUAACGCAGUCCAGCUGAGACCGAGAGCUUCACGAAGACAACACAGCUGCUGCAUCAGGUUCAACAGGUGGAGCUCACCGCGUCAGGUAAAUCCUUUCAUCUGACUGUUCUCCCUCCAGUCCAGCAGGGUUCGCUGUUCGCUUCGCUGCCGUCCGGGCGAAGCGUCGUCGACGCGGAACUCCGUGUGUGUUUACGUCCCCGCUGGCUCUUUGUCCGCAGAACCGGGGGACGAUGUGCGCCGUGCAGCUGCUGCGGGUGUCGGUACAGGAGCGGAUCAGCGCCGCCGCGGAAGACUUUCUGCUGCGGGUGGAAAAAGGACGAGAAGCGGCUGAAAUCCCGGCGCUGAGAGCGCUGCUCACCGAGCGGCUCGCGGCGGCUGCGGAGGAGAUCGUCGGGCUGUUUGAGGAAACGGUGGCGGAGUACGAAGACAGAGCCGAGCGGUCAGAGCGGGAGAUCCGCCGCCAGAGGAGGCUGCUCGAUGCCGUGCUGAAGCCCGAAGUCAGGCUGCACAGAGCAGACGUCCAGCAGCUGUCGCUGAGUAGAGAAGAGGUUCCCCCUGAGCAGCAGGACUGGAGCCCCAGUCUGGACCAGGACCCAGAGCCCCCACACAUUAAAGAGGAGCAGGAGGAGCUCUGGACCAGUCAGGAGGGAGAGCAGCUUCGAGGGCUGGAGGAGGCCGAUAUCACCAAGUUCCCAUUCACUCCUGUCCCUGUGAAGAGUGAAGAAGAUGAAGAGAAACCUCAGUCCUCACAGCUUCAUCAAAGCCAAACUGAACAGAUGGAAACAGGAGCUGAUGGAGAGGACUGUGGAGGACCAGGACCAGCCAGGAACUCAGAUCCAGAUACACGUUUACAACCUGACACAACUGACGCUUCUGAACCUGAGACUGAAGACAGUGAUGAUGACAGGGAGGAGACCAGAGACCCUCAGUCAGACGUCCAGCAGCUGUCGCUGAGGAAAGAAGAGGUUCCCCCUGAGCAGCAGGACUGGAGCCCCAGUCUGGACCAGGACCCAGAGCCCCCACACAUUAAAGAGGAGCAGGAGGAGCUCUGGACCAGUCAGGAGGGAGGAGCGCUUCGAGGGCUGGAGGAGGCCGAUAUCACCAAGUUCCCAUUCACUCCUGUCCCUGUGAAGAAUUUGCUUGGCGUCACGAGCUCAAAAGCCACAAGUGUGUCGGUGAUUCAUCGCAGCUUCAUCAAACUGAGGAGAACAGAGAGGCAGAGCCUCCAGCCAGCAGCUCAGCUGGACAGAUGCAAACAGGAGCUGAUGGAGAGGACUGUGGAGGACCAGAUUCUGACGACAAGACUUCAGACUCUUCGGAACCUGAGACUGAAUUAA